AUGCUCCUGAUGCACAUCUCACCCAGCGUGAAGCUGGAAAACCUUGGCUCCAGGGGGAAAGGUUGUUGGCAUAAAACGUAUGAUGAGGAGGCCUGUCCUGAGCAGAGUGUAUGUGUACACGGGGAGUCACAGGUCACGACGUCUAAGACAGAACCAGCAACCCAGAGGACCCAUGUGUGUAAGCGGUGUUUCUCUGUGUUCAAAGCCAUUCUGCACCUGACUGAGUCACAGGCAGCGUACCUUGAGCAGAAUGCCUUCUUCAAUGACACAUGUGUGAGAGACGUCUGUUUCAGUGCAACCCCUCACCAGCAACAGAGGGAAGCCAGUGGAGAGAAGCCCUGGAAAGAAGCUGUGGACAGGGCCUCGUUUGUGACCAGGUGCAGCUUCCUAUCAGGGCUGCCUCCAUCCAGGAGGGAGGGUGGGGAAGACUUGACAGCCAUCUCAGAGUUUCUCCAGCCCCAGGCCCCUCUCAACACUGAAGAGCCACACGGUGGCAGUGAGAUUUCCCAGAAACUUCUCAGUGGAAAAGGUCAUAACCAGUGGGGUCAAUGUGAAAAUGCUGCCAGCCACAACCAGAAAGUUGUUCAACAGAGCGUCUGCUCUGGAGGAGUGAAUUAUGAAUGUAACAAAAAUGGAAAAUUUUUUAGAGGAAUCUCUAACCUCAUUCGAUAUAGGAAAGUUCACACUGGAGAAAAGCUGUAUGAGUGUAGUGACUGUGGGAAGUCAUUCAGGUAUAUCUCUGUUAUUCAUCAGCACCAGACAGUUCACACUGGGAAAAAUCCAUAUGAGUGUACGGAUUGUGGCAAGACUUUCAGUCAUAGGUACAACCUCACUAAACAUCAGAGUGUUCAUACUGGAGAAAAACCUUAUGAGUGCAGUUAAUGCUGGAUGUCCUUCAGACGUAGGUGUAACCUCACUGAACACCAGAGAGUUCACACUGGAGAGAAACCUUAUGAGUGCAGUGAAUGUGGGAAAUCUUUUAGAUGCCAUGGUCAUCUUUUUACCCACAGGAGAAUUCACACUGGAGAAAAACCUUAUGAAUGUAGUGAAUGUGGGCAGUCCUUCAGAGAAAGGAGUACUCUUACUAAGCACCAGAGAGUUCACACAGGAGAAAAACCUUAUGAGUGUAGUGAAUGUGGGAAGUCCUUUAGAGGAAGGAGUAACCUCACCGAACACCAGAGAGUUCACACUGAAGAAAAACCGUAUGAGUGUAGUGAAUGUGGGCAGUCCUUCAAAAUAAGGUGUGCCCUUACUAAGCACCAGAGAGUUCACACUGGAGAAAAACCUUAUGAGUACAGUGAAUGUGGGAAGUCCUUUAGACGAAGGUGUAUCCUCACUGAACACCAGAGAAUUCACACUGGAGAAAAACCUUAUGAAUGCAGUGAAUGUGGGAAAUCUUUUAGAUGCCAUAGUAAUCUUUUUAAGCACAGGGGAGUUCACACAGGAGAAAGGGCUCAUGAGUGUAGUGAAUGUGGGAAAUCCUUUAGCCAAAAAACUAGCCUCCUUUGACACCUGAUUGUUCACAAUGGAGAAAAGCUUUGA